AUGGAACUUGAACAUAAGGCAUACUGGGCUAUUAAGAAAUUUAAUAUGAGUCUUGAUGAGGCCGGUUUGCACCGCAAGUUGCAAUUGUCUGAAUUGGAAGAACUUCACAACGAAGCUUAUGAGAGCGCUCGUAUUUACAAGGAAAAGACAAUGGUGUUCCAUGAUAAGAUGAUCCAAAGGAAGAAUUUUGAGGUUGGACAGAAAGUUCUUUUGUAUCAUUCUCGGUUACGUCUUUUUCCUAGAAAAUUACGAUCAAGAUGGAUUGGCCCAUAUGAAAUUGUUGAAGUGUUUCCACACGGAGCUGUGAGCAUUAAAAAAGAUGAUGGAAAUGUGUUUAAGGUGAAUGGACAUCAUCUUAAACCUUAUUUGGAGGAUCCUUCUAAUUAUAUCAAGGAGAGCGAGACACUUAAUGAUGUGAUUAUCUCUGGUGCUUAA